AUAAUUGUAAACAAGCCAUGGAAUAACCUCAAAAAAGAAAAUAAGUUUCAUACGACAUCAAAAACAUUCAAUUACGUUAUUUAAAAUUUUCAGUAUCUAUUUUCUUAACAAUCCUAUUAGUCUUAAUUGUUGCAUCGAAAACAGUACCAAGUGUCUGUGUCAAUUUAUAAGUAACACGUCAGAAAAUGGCGGACGCAAAAAAGUUUUCUAGUACAACAACUUUUUGUGUGAAAUGUGGAUCCAUACUGCCUCUACUGCAAGAAUUUGGAUCAGUGAAAUGUUAUGCUUGCAAAGCAAUUUAUGAUGUUGAAAAUUUCAACAACAUUAAGUACAAUUACACAAUUAAUUUCAACACUGUGUCUGUAUUGACAAACGAAAAUAUACUGAACUUGGAUAACCCUGAAGGGCCAGUUGUGGAAAGGAAAUGUCCAAAAUGUGGUUGUGAUAGGAUGUCAUAUGCUACGCUACAGUUGAGAUCGGCUGACGAGGGACAAACUGUGUUUUACACUUGUGUUUCAUGCAAAUACAAGGAAACGGAAAACUCGUAAUAGUUUGAGGAAUAAGUUAAGUACGAUAUAUUUUGUUAUACUAUUGCUAAGGAGAAAUAUAAUUAUUUUGACU